AUGGCGGUAAGGGCUUUACAAAGUUUCCACACCCCGCCCUUCCUCCCGACCUCCGGAAGAGGUCGAUCUUGGGUCCUCGAUAUAUUGCUCUCCAUAGCAUCGUCAUCUUGGCAGCACAAACCAACUUCUAUCUGCACCACAGAUUUCUUCCCCGAAUGGCCCAUGGGCAGCACCCAGAAGCAGGGCUCUCCUGAUGAAAUUAACCAGUUUCAAGGGGGAUCAUUCCACGGAGCUGGGGUUGGCCGUGAUCCCAAACGUGUGAUAAAGGUCGAUCCCCUCAUUUUGGUCACUGAGGCUCCGGCCAAACAGUUUUAUCCAUGA